AGGGCCUUGCGGCUUUUUUUUCCGUCCGGGAGGGCAUCCGCGGACAGCCGGCGUGACUGCUCUGGGUCCGUGGCCGUGGGUGCGUGGGGACUCCCCAAAGGUACAGCAGAGGGGCCCCCGGAAGUCUGGCGACUCGAGCCCUCUCCGGCUCCUCCAUGCUUGGCUGGAGGCUGCUCGCUCAGGCCAGGUUCCAGGUGCUGGGCCGCCGCGCUGGGACCCUGGACGCUGCCCGGGGCUCCGGGAACAGAACAGACAUCUGGCUUUUAGUUAGAAGUCUCCAUGGCAAGAGUGGUACUUGGUGGGAUGAGCAUCUUUCUGAAGAAAAUGUUUCAUUUGUUAAGCAGUUGGUCUCUGAGGAAGAUAAAGCUCAAUUAGCAAGUAAACUGUGUCCUCUGAAAGAUGAACCAUGGCCUAUACAUCCUUGGAAACCAGGUUCCGCUAGAGUAGGCCUUGUCGCACUGAAAUUGGGCAUGAUGCCUUUAUGGACCAAAGAUGGUCAAAAGCAUGUGGCCACAUUACUCCAGGUACAAGACUGUCAUGUCCUAAAAUAUACUCCAAAGGAAAAUUAUGAUGGAAAAAUGGCAGCCCUAACUGUAGGAGGAAAAACUGUAUCCCGUUUCCGUAAAUCUACAGCUAAAUUGGAAUUUUACCAAGAACUUGGAUUGCCACCAAAACAGAAAAUUAAAAUAUUUCGCAUAACAGAUAAUGCUGCAAUUAAGCCAGGCACUCCUCUCUACGCUGCUCACUUUCGCCCAGGACAGUACGUGGAUGUCACAGCCAAAACCAUUGGUAAAGGUUUUCAAGGUGUCAUGAAACGAUGGGGAUUUAAAGGCCAGCCUGCUACUCAUGGUCAAACGAAAACUCACAGGAGACCUGGAGCUAUUUCAACUGGUGAUGUUGCCAGAGUCUGGCCUGGAACUAAAAUGCCUGGACAAAUGGGAAACAUCGAUAGGACAGAAUUUGGACUGAAAGUUUGGAGAAUAAACACAAAACACAAUAUAAUCUACGUAAAUGGCUCUGUACCUGGACAUAGAAAUUGCUUAGUAAAGAUCAGAGAUUCUAAACUACCUGCAUAUAAGGAUUUCGGUAAAAAUCUACCAUUCCCCACGUAUUUCCCUGACGGAGAUGAAGAGGAGCUACCCGAGAAUUUGUAUGAUGAAGAUGUGUGUCUCCCCAGCUCACCUUCUGUCACAUUUGCCUGACCUCACUGGACACGGAAGAACAUCACAUAUGUUUUUAACUUGGAUGAGCCAGAACAAUAAUACACCCAGGAAUUAUAUUUUGCUUUCUAAGCCAUAAUAAUAUCACACUUGCCACCUUUGUCAAGAGCAAAAGUGUGUCAUUUGUCCUUCAAUGGCAUUUUUUAAAAUACCAUAAUAAAUAAAUCAGUUAAGCAGAUUGGAUAUGCCACAUUUAGAUGGACUCACAGUUUGCCUAUUAGCAAAAUCUUUGUGAUUUGUGGAUUUUAUUCCUCUUUUUACUACAUGUUUUUCAAGUUAUCUUAAGAUCAACUUUUCACGUUACCUAUGUUCAUAUAUCUAACUCAGCUAAAAACCUGUCUUUGUGAACACACAGCUGUGGGGCAGUAGCGACUGUAUUGGGAACUGCGGUGCAGCCUGUGUGGAUAGCAUGACCCAUGUGUGUCCUGAGGUCCUGUUCUGUCAGUCUUCUGCCCUCAGAGUCCUAAAGGAGAGGAAAGGGAGCUUUCUGUUUAAACGACAGAAACACAGAUGUCAUAGUACAAGGCCUGCCAAAGACAAUAAAAUCAUAAAGUAUGGGUCUUAUUUACACUUGCAUUGAGAGAAAUAUUUUUAGUUUGAUCCCUCAACUAUGAGAUAUGUAUAAUCAUUUUUUCAUGAUGCCUUCUAAAAAGGAUUUGAAAUGGCCUGGAGCAGUACAUUCAACACACUUUUAUUAAGUACCUAUUGCUGAAGAUGUUAAUGGCUCCUGAAUUCUCUUCAUUGUAUGAAAUUAAAAUGUGUUUACCAAUGGCUACUUAUGACAAGCAAUAAAGCUUAACAAUGUUAAGUAUAA